AUGUCAAAGGUGAUCUUCUCUGAUCAUGUGCUCGCAUAUAAGGCCAUACCUUCUCAUUGUCAUGUCAAAAGUGGUACGUUUGAUACCGAAGCCAAAAUAUUGUUGACUGCCUUAGGAAGUCACAAUUUUGUCAACCAAUUAGAUGUGCUAGUGCCGAAAAAUGCCUUAGCACCGGCUACUAUAGAAGAACUAUUGACCCAAAAAGGUUCUGGCUGCGUUGUCGAAUCGAAUUUGCAAGGGAUUCUUCAGUUCUUGAUUUCAUUGGAAGAAUCAAGUUCCCAGGAAAAUAUCAUAUCUACACUCAAACUCAUAUCACUUGAUACAGAUGUCACUCAUCAGAAUAGUAUAAGCAUAGUGCAUUCAGCACUCCAUCUACGCCUUUGUUGGCCAUCAUAUGAGGCAUCUGGAUUUAAGGGAGCACUCUCACAGAUGUCAAAGGGUAACAGGGAUGUUCGUGGUCAGAUGUAUGACGUUAGCAUUGAUAUCAGCAAGGGAUUGAAGAGACUAGCUGAAGAGGAUAGCGAUAAGAACAGUACACGUUUGUUCUAUUUCGCGGAUAAAGAGAAGGCUAAGGUGGCACGGUAUUUUGUGGCCAGUGACAAGCUUGAUGGAAAGCAAUUGCAAGUGUUGUUGGAGCCAACAGUGAAUUCAUGCACAGUGAAAGAAAGUUCCAUGAAAAAAAUGGAACUAGGUCCUUGUAAGUUACCUGAUUUGGAGAUAGCCGGCAAAAGCCCCAACGACGAUGAUUGGCAAGAAUCUGUUUUGGAGUGGAUUACUUAUGCCAGUAUUGGAGGAGAACAGCUAUUUCCAUUCAACAAAACGGACAGCUAUUUAUCUAAUUAUUCUGCAUUACUUGAAAGUCGGGCCCAGGAAAACCUGGUCAGAAUAUCGCUUUCGGGUAUUUUAAUUAGCACCGAAAUUACAGUGAGAACUAUUCAGACGCUCACGCAAGCAAGUUGGUUUGCAGUAUUACUACAUGGUGUGAAAGAUUGCAACAUAAGCUAUGGAACAAGUACUGCUCAUAGUUUCGUUGAGGAUGGAGCUAAUGACGCUGUACUCUUAGGAGAAAAAAAUAGAUUUGUGAUCUGGGAAGUGGUGGACAGUAGUGAUUCUCAUAAUUAG